AUGCCAAUGGAGACGAGCCUGAAGCUUCUGGCAAGCGAAGCUGCGACUCUGAGAUACAUAAAAUCUCAUAGUGAUAUUCCAAUUCCCGAAGUGUACCAUUAUUGUGAUACCGCGGACAACGAUGUUGGCAUCCCGUACAUUCUGAUGAGCGAAGCACCCGGCGGGCCUCUUUCAGAGUCUUGGAAGUCCCCUGGUUCUUACCUGCCAGACUUAGCCACCGAUAAGAAAGCCAAAGUUCUGUCACAACUAGGCGCUAUCACAUGGGAGCUCUCACAGCUUCGAUUUGAUAAGAUUGGCUCUCUCUUUGAAGAAGGCGGAGAUUUUAAGGUCGAAGAGUGUCUCUCUCGUGGACAUGUCCUAGACCAACGUUCCAGCUUGGAGGAAGUGCCACGAGGGCCCUUUACUUCUGCAGCAUCUUUUUACGAUAGCCUCAUCUCCGCGUUUAUACAACAUGCAGAAUCCUUGCAACUGUCACAUCAUUGCUUCGUGGCACCUAUUCCUUCAACUGACGCGUAUCAGACUCUCGAUGACUACAGGAUGGCAGUUGACCUCUGGAACGACUUCGUGGCCAUAGGUGAUAAGAUCGAUUCGUCAGAUAACAGACUGGAUUACAUUGUCGCCGGUGACGCCCUUCGCAAUAUCGUACCGCGGCUUACACGUCCGCCAUUCACGCCGAACUUCCCUCUAUGUCAUGGGGACUUGAGUGUCAACAAUAUUUACGUGGAUGAUGACUUUAACAUCACCUGUAUAAUUGACUGGGCGUUUACUUCGUCUGUUCCAGAAUCGAUGUUGUUCGUACCACCAGGUUUACCACAAUCCCGAAACGAAGUUAGCCCCGAAUUGUAUGUUGCGUUCAUUGAAGGGUUUAUCACAGCGGUCUUGGGCUCACCUAGCAGUGCCUUGCGUGACGAAUAUCGCAAAUCAUUGGAACGGUGUAAACCUUUCUGGAGCCUAACUCGACUCAUCAAUUUAGACUGUACCGGAGACUAUCACCUCUUUGCCACUGUCUGGGACGCAGCAUACGGCGGUGAGAAAAACAUCGGCGCGCAUUUUGAACAGCAGCGUUCGUCGACUCAUUACGUUCAAGUCUACGACGAAAUCAAACUGGAAGACCGGCCUGCUUCGAAGGUCGAAAGGGACGAACUAAGCUAUUUCCAAGACAAAGCUCUGAGGAAAACAAUGGCGAAGAAGCUAACACUUCUUUCGCAAUGGAAAAGACAAUAUAGCUCGGUCCAUCCGCCAACCGUCCGAAACGAUAUGUUUGUCGCAGAUGAUAGAUUGUGGAAGUGGCUCAUGCAAUGGAUGCAGGAACGGGGUGAUUUGUAUGAAUUUGAGGUUACCAAGGACCAUGUAGCCAUUGGCGGGGAGACCCACGACAAAGAAACCGGCUCAUUAGGCUGA